UUUAUUCCAGUGCUGACGUCUCUUGUAUCUGUCAUGAAUCUUAACACGCUUUUUAAGAUUUAUUAACAGAUGUUCAUUGGCGCUAUUUCAGAGAUGAAGGUGUCCACUGGGCCAUACAAAAUGGGCUACAUCUGUCUAGAAGUACAAUUUUAUAUUUCAAACACAACAACAUGGAGUCUUUACGAAGUAUUUUGGAGAAAACUACCCAUGAAAACAAGCGAGCUAAGAAAGUCAGGCGCUAUAUUGUGGUUGAAGGUGUUUAUCAGAAUUCUGGUCAAAUUGCUCCAUUAGAUGAAAUUAUCAGGCUGAAGGAAAAAUAUCGGUUCCGUGUAAUACUGGAUGAGAGCAAUUCUUUUGGUGUUCUUGGACAUUCUGGUCGAGGUCUAACUGAACACUACAAAGUUCCAAUUGACAAGGUAGAUAUUGUAACUGCUGCUAUGGGGCACGCACUGGCCACUGAAGGAGGAUUUUGCACUGGGAGUACUAGAGUCAUCGACCACCAACGCCUCAGUAGCUCUGGUUAUGUCUUUUCUGCUUCUUUGCCUCCAUAUCUAGCAAGUGUAGCAAUUACUGCUGUUGAUGUGUUGGAAGAAAAUCCGGAUCUCAUCACAAAACUGAGAACAAAUAUUUUGACACUUUAUGAAGGUUUCUUCUGUUCUCUCUCUAGUGGUUUUGA